AUGCCGUGGGCGACCACCCUCGACCUCAAGGCCACGCCGCCGCCGACGCUGUGCGUCACCGUUAGCAACACGACCGAUGUACUCAUCAUCGCCGACAUGCAGGUGGACUUCUUAACACCUGGCGGCUCUCUCCACGUAAAGGGAGGUGAAGCGCUGCUGGACGGCAUCAACGCCGUGUCCUCCCAGCUGCCGUUCCGCUACCAAGUUGCCACGCAGGACUGGCAUCCGGAAAACCAUUGUUCCUUCGUCACCCAUGGCGGGCCGUGGCCCCCGCACUGUGUGCAGGGCUCGUCGGGAGCGCAGCUGCACGCAGGGCUCCACACGCACCGCAUCAACGCCGUCCUACGCAAAGGCGCCACGCAGCAGGCGGACAGCUACUCCGCCUUCGUGGAUGACAACGGGGUGUCGACGGGCCUGGCCGGGCUGCUGCACUCGAUCGGCGCGCGCCGUGUUUUUGUGUGCGGGGUGGCCUACGAUUUCUGCGUCUUCUUCACCGCGAUGGACGCGCGGAAAAAUGGCUUCGGCGUCGUGCUGCUGGAAGACUUGACGGCCGCCGUGGACGACGCGGCGUGGUCGGCGCGAGCAGCGGAGCUGAAGGAGGCCGGUGUUGUGCUGCUGAGCAGUUCCGCACUCGUGGCGGAAGGCACAGAGACGUAA